AUGGAGCCUCCCGUUCGUGUUAGGAUCCAAGAUGCGUACGAGCGCAUCAAGGCGGACCUUCCUGUGGGCGUCAACCCUGUGGUGAAAGUGCCUCUUUCGAUUUGGACGCACAACACCAAGCUCCACAUCAACGAAAUCGAGCCGAUGGAUACUGGAGGUGGCGGUGGCACGGCUGGUGGUACUACGGGAACGACGGGCCAGGCAAGCACUCGUCAAGUUGCCAAUGAGUCGCGGCAGGUGACGGCUAUGCAAACGCAGCAGCAGGUACGAACGAACGAGGAGAUUCUGACAAGGAUUAUUGCGCAGCACAACCAGCUCCAGCAGCUCAUUGCGCAGGAAGGUAGGACCCGCGACAAUACGGCUGCUGCGUUGAGAGGCUGGUUGGAGACUUGGCUUGGCGCGGAGCUGAGGAAACUCAAUGGCAACAUUUGCAGGUAA